AUGGCUUCUAUGCAAGCUGACGUUGAACAUUGUAAAAAGAACCAAAAUCCCAUGAGGAAGGAAAUCGAGGAAAGAAGAAAAUUGCAAGGGAACAAAAAUCCGGACCCUGUCUGCGAGGCUCUACGCAAACUCAAAAUCAGCCUCAGUCAAAUACCUAUCGGGGUCAAUGCAACUCCUAAUAUUCAAACUAUCAAUGUAACUUUUGAUGCAACGACUUACGGACUCAAGGGUUCGAAUGCUGACAAGGACUUUGUUUCCUUUUGCGCGUCCUCCACUGAUCAAGGCAAAAUGGAUCUCUGGCGUGCGCCACGAAUUAUGAAUCGCAUGAUGAACGAAAUGUUGAGAGAGUUUGAUCGGUUUGAUCGUCCAAUUUAUCCAUAUUGGAGAGAAGCUGAUCAUUCAGUACUACAUGUUGCGAACGAAACCCAGCAGGUAGUCGACGAUGACACAAGGUUCGCUGUAUCCCUCGAUGUCUCACAGUUUCGUCCUGAGGAGUUAAAUGUGCAUUUGGAUGGACGAGAACUUACUGUGGAAGGGAAGCAAGAGCACAGGGGCGAUAACAGUUACUUGCAGAGGUCCUUCAUUCGAAAAUGGACGCUUCCAGAAAGUGUAAACCUAGAAGCAGUUCGGACUGAGCUUAGUGACAGAGGUUUGCCUGAAAGUUGUCAGGAAGCAGAUAACUUUGAAGAUGUUCAGCGCAUAAGACCACAAUCAGCAUGCAUGUAUAUUUGGAACAGAAUACUAAAUACGAGCUUAGUGCUUUUUGAGGAAGCAGCAAAAUCGAAGAAGAUGUCAUACUGGCAUAUGCAUCAACUGAUGGACCGCAUUAUGGAUGACUAUAUGAGAGCCGUGGGAACAAGGGAUGACCGGGGAAUUGUUCCAUAUUGGCCGAACGUGGGACGUAGUAUACUCGAAGAUGCUAACCAAGCGCAUCAGGUUGUUAACGAUGAUGAGAAAUUUGCCGUUUCGAUCGAUGUAUCGCAAUUUAAACCCGAGGAGCUGAAGGUGAAUUUACGUGAAAGAGUUGUAACUGUUGAAGGCAAGCAGGAAUGCAAAGACGAACAUAGUUUUAUGGCUAGAUCCUUUGUACGCUCAUGGACAUUGCCUGACGAUGUAAAUGUGGAGGAGCUGCAUAGUGAACUUAACGAUCGCGGCCAGCUCAUUAUCGAAGCUCCGAAAAAUGAAUCUACUUCUGAAAGAAAAGACAUUCCAAUUACGCGCAGUCGUAGCCGACGCAGAAAUGGUUUGCGUGAUUCAUCAUUGAUGCAUGGUGCAGCACUAUUGACUAUCGAAAUGUGUCUAUGUAUCACUGCUGCAGCAUGCCACUACGACUCUAGUGGUUUUAGUGAAGGAUUUGUCAGUGAGAUUCCGGAAGACAUUGUAAAGCGUGCCGAAGACUUUUUCAGUAUAAAACUGGCCAGCGACGAUAUUAUAGUAAAAAUGGACGUUCACGAAAGAAAGGGUAUAAAGGAAUAUUUAUUGGUGGGACUGGUGAAGAUUGAUGCACUACACGUAGCACAAUUUGAACAAGAGGAAAAUAGAUAUGAAGGGAAAAGGACCGAAUUGGCGACGAUGCUCAGUAAGAUCAUUGACUGCACAGCAGAUGGUCCCCUUCCAAAGCUCGAACAUUUAUUACGUUUCAUUCAUUAGCUUUUAUUAUCUCAUUU